CUUGCAUACACGGCCAUGCAGAAUGAAUGAUGCAGUUGCAACUCGCCGACUGUAUGUCUCAUUCAUUCACUGCCUGCCUGCCUGACUAAAUGGUGACUGAUGGAGACAUGUCUGUCUGCACGGCCUGUCAGUCCAUAAUUCAUCCCCCCUCUGUCUCUGCCUUCCUCCUUUUGCCCUUCCAUCCCUCGAUGGCCUCCCGCGCCCCCACGCCUUGAAGCAGCCUGUCCGCAGCGGCUGUCUCGCCCACCCUCAUCCUGCCACCCACAGGCGUCCCCUUCUCGCCAGUCGCGGCCUUCCUCUUAGCCAAACUGUGCUGUCGCUGCGAAUAGGCCAUGAUGGGCGGCAGCGGGUAUGGCGACUCUGCCGGCGCAUCAUUGAUCGUCGCCGGCAGCUUGCCGAGAUCCUCGACCUCAUUGCGAGGGACGGGUGCCACUCGUCUCGUCUUGUUGAUCAGGGAGAGGGGCGGGUGAGAGGAUGGGGACGUGAGGGGCUCGAUGUCUUCCUCUGACAUGCCGAUGCCACGACCCGCAUGCUCGAUCGCCUGACAUACAUCACAGGAGGCUCUGAUGGGUGUGUGUUGUUGGUUCUCUCGCGUACGUCUGUUUGCCAGCUGGGCAGCUUGGUCACGUUGGCACGCAGUCGAUCGACCAGCAACCUCCACAGAUGGUCCUCCCCAACGCCCAUGGCCUUGAGCCGACACGCAGCCUCGAACCCCUCCACACAGUCUAGCAACGACAGUGAGGCCUCCGCCCUCUCGCAGUGCACCAUCACGGCCUCCGUGUAGACAACCCACUCUUUGUCCACACCGCUGGGAUUGCCCGUAUCCCGCAGCGCCCGGAUGGCGAAUGAGGCUGCGUUGAGAAGGGUUAUGAGUGUCCACAGGCUGAAGCUCUCAGGGGGGAAGGACGACAGCAGCACCAGCAGCAAGUGAGGGGAGGGGGGGAGGGGCUCCGGUGAGGAGGAGGCUGCUGCGGCGGCAUACCCGCAAAGGAUCAUGCUCAUCUGCUCAGUCUGUAUCUUCAUAGGGUGGCUGUGUCGCGCCAGGAGGGAGUCGGUCAGCUUGCUUACGACAUCGGGACGCGUGUGGGGGGCGGGCAGCCGGCCAAACGCGUAUACCUGCAUGAAACGUACUUCCUUCCCAUGUGCUUUUAUCGGUCCCUCCCUCCCUUUCUCCGGCCCUCCCUUACCAAUGUCGCCCCUUGUGGCGGCUUGAGCUGGUCCGCGAGUCCCAGCACCCUCCCCGCCAUGGCCUCAAACAGCGGGACGUACCACAGCUUUAUCCUCCCAUACGCAUACGCCGCGUUGCUCAUGUCCAUGUCAUUCAUCUCGUCAACACGACCUUCCAACUCGACAGCCACACGCAGCAGCAGCCGAACACUGCUGUCGUCCACAUUUCCCAUCAGCCCCUCUAGCUCAUCUCUCGCCACCACCCAGUCGAGCCUGCCGACCGACGGCAGCUUGGCGAAUGCGUGUGCCAGGUUGGCGAAGUCGCGUGUGGCGAACUGGAGCAAAGGGUCGUCAGUGGAGGGUGGUUUGUCAAGGCGGUGGAGGACCUCCUUAGCAAGGUGGAGAAAGAGGGCGUCGUCGAAGGCACCCAGACGGACGUAGGCGAGCGCAAUGGACACCAGCUCCUGACAAUCGACGAAUGAAUGAGUGACAGACAGACAGACAGACAACAUUGCAAGUGAUCUCACAUGGUGCCAUGGAUCCAUCCUGCACCCACCUUAGGGUUUCCCUCUGGUAUCUUCCAGCGCAGCUCGGCCGCCACCCGCUCAAACAGCCCCUCGUUCCUCAGCCGCAGCCGGCCAUAGGCAUUCACCAUAACAGCCAAGUCCUGCACGUUGAAGUUCAUCAGCCAGUCGGCAUUCAGACGCUCCCCUAUCAUGCCGAACAGGCCCUCGUCCUUCAUCCCUAGCCGCGCCAUGGCAUUGAGCACCAGCGAGAUGCCCUGUGGCGAGGUGGACGGCAGAUGCUCGUACAGCUCUGAUCGGAUGGCCUCCCACAGGGGCUUGUCGACGUGCCCCGACGCAGCCUCGCGGUUGGCAAUGCCGCCGAUCUGGUUGCCGAACCGAUGUGGUCUUUUCUCAUCGCCCGCCCUCUCCAGGUCCUCUCUCGGCCGGAGCCGCCGAAGCUGCCGCAUGCCGUCGCCAGGCUUGGGCGGCUUGUAAUGCUUGGCCUGCUGACCGCCCUUGUGGUGCCGCUGUGGUGCUGGACCAGCGUCAUCCGAUGGCUGAGACCCGGCUGACGUUGAUGACAUGAACCGACACGCCGUAGACACGCGCCGCCGGCAUGGUUGUGUUGGAAGCGACUUGUGGGCCACUGAGCGCAUCGUGGAGAUGGUUGUCGUCGCCUCAACAGGGAAG